CUAUGAAGCCCGUUCAGAAGCAAGAUUUACCCGUGGCUAUAAAACGUCAAAUGAUUAAUAUAAGGCUGCUGCUUCAGACGGAGAAGACUGCUAUCUUUCGGGGCAAAUGCCUCACUGAUGGAAUCACUCCCUUCAUAGUCAAGGUGGUCGAUAAGGAAAUCAUGAGGACAAACUGCGAGGAUACGUUCCGGGAGACCCAGAUGAUGGGGAAACUAAAGUCGCACAAGAACAUCCUGGGACUCGUCUACACCAUCGAAAGAAGCAGUCUUAUAUAUAUCCUAAUGGAAAGUCUAGAUUUCGACCUGGAAGUAGUAAUCGAUAAUUGCAGACGAGUCUGCAAAACGAACGCCAAGGCUGUGAUCUCGGCAAUAGCCUCUGGCCUGAUCUUCAUGAAACGCCGCAGAAUCAUCCAUCGUGAUAUCAAACCGGGAAACAUCUUCAUCCGCUCCAACGGCGAAGUCAACGGUGAGGACGGCUGGCCUGUCUUAAAUUCCAUUAAAAUCGCGGAUUUUGGAAUGUCCAUUCCAUUUCGGGGCAACAAGCUCCACACCUGCUGCGGCACCACACCUUACAUAGCGCCGGAAAUGAUCUCACAGUCGGGCUAUGACUACAGGGUGGAUUUGUGGUCCUUUGGCAUCUCUAUCUACCAGAUGUUCUUCCGUCGCCGUCCCUUCGACAAAUCCGCAUCCGACGACCAAAGGGAGAUAUACAACAACAUUAUGUACGCAGAGCUCCGCUACCCCAUCGACUGGUCCAAGAGCACCAAUAAGGAGGGCAGGGAACUGAUCAAUGCGCUUCUAGAGAGGAAUCCGGUGCGCAGACUGACUGCCCGUGGCGUCAAACAGCACCCGUAUAUGACCUCUUCGUAGGAUUCAGUUUCAAAUUUUGUUCGUUAGUUACCAGAAGACACUUGGAC